AUGGCAACACGAAAGCUUAGUCUUCACGCCUCGGCCCUAAACGACGAGGAGUACACUCUCUAUACUCAAUCUCUGGACGAUAUUGCAUUGGCGGAAGACAUUGAAGGGGCCAAGGACGAUGAACACUUUGAGAGAAUGGUGGUGGGCAUCCGAGAAGUUAGGGCCUGGCUUCGAGGACGAUAUUCUCAUGUUCCCGGCUCUCAGAUCGAUACAAUCCUCAAAUAUUUUUCGCCGACCAUGAAACAGGGCGACACUUUGUCUGGCGGCGAAUUUUUUGCCGCCAUAAGAUUGGUAAUACAUGCUGAGCAGGGAAAAGAGGUUGACAGGGCCCUCGCCUUCGUUCAAGCCCAUCCAACUCCUUCUAGGCCGCAGUCGCGGAAUGAGACGCCGAUUAAAAAGCACUUGUACCUCCCACCACCACCAUUGCGUAGACAAACCGUUGAUUCUUCUGUCUACUCUGCAACCUCGACCACUAGAGUUUCGAGUACAUCGGAACCACCCCCACGACCCGCUUCACCUCCAAAGAGACAUCCACCACCGCCUACUUACCACCCUCCAUUACAUCCUUCCCAGCACGCGGAGCCUCCAAAACCUAUCCUUCAACACGCCAAUCACAACCCUUUCGUACAACGCCUACCGGAUACGUCUUCAAGGUUACCUCCACUUCCUCCUCGUAAACCGCCACCACCACCUGUCCCAUCUUCGUCCCAUGUUUAUCUCGCUCCUCCACGCCACGGAGCACGUUCAGUUUCUCCCUCGUCGUCAGGCGCAGCAACGCCAACUGUAGCAUUCCCCAAGCCAGCCUCACACGUGACGUCGGCCCUCAUCAAACAAAGUCUUCAGGCAAGCAAGGCAGCGCAAACGAUGAAAAAAGCCGAAGAGCAGCUGGAGAAGGAGCGGGUGAUGCAAGUGCUGAAGAGCAGCUCAGUUGUCUCGGGUUCGCAUUCCUUCGCAGGUGCCAAUGGGAUCCUUGGCUCAUCUGUCGUCAUAGGAACGAGUGUACAUAACCGGGGUCACAGCCCCGUCAAGGAUGACCCAGUGUCAGUCUAUUCUGCGCCUCCGCUUCCAAAGAGGAGGCACCACUAUCAACAACAACCAUCGCCGCCAAUGUCAACGAGCUCGCUGGAGCAAGUGGCUUUAGCGACGACGGGGGUGCAUCCAGAUUCUCCAUCCCGAUUAAACCUGGACCUUCCGCCCCCACAACACCCGGACCGCAAACCGCCAUCGACGUCUAGUAAUAUUGAAUCGUUCGAGGCCGUAUACGGCCCCAACACAAGCACGACCACCCUCACAGCUACCACGGAUGACUCUCCCACCGCGCGCGUUUUCCGCUCAAAAUCGUUGCAUCAACCAAGCCCACCACGCCCACCGCUACCACCGCCCCUAAGGCGCAAGAGACCUGAAAGUGUACAGGUGCUCUCGUCCGGAGAGGCUUUGUUCCACUCAAGCGUAAGUGAUAGGUCCGUGUCCCGUCACACGUCCUUCUCCAGCCCAACCCCAACGGUCGCACACCGACGGUCCUCCCUAUCCGUUUCCGGCGUCUCAGCUUCGUCGUCGCCUUACCCAUCGACCUCUCAUGAUCCCUUACCCCACAUGAGCAAUAUCCAGCGGACGAUUGCGAAUCUCCAGCCGAAAUUUGAUGCGCUGAGGUUUGAUGGGAGUAGGGCAAGGUAUAAAGCUGAGGCGGGCUUGAGCCGGCGAGGGUUUGUAAGGGAUUCGAGUCGGGGGAGGGAGGAUCAGGAGGGGUUGAUGCCUUCUAGCGGGGAGGAUGCGGGUGUGGAUUCGGCGGUUGAGGUUGAGGAUGAGGAUGGGUUUUGGAAGGAAAAAGAUAAUUUAAAAUGGCCUGCUGGCGAGGGGUGGAAGCCGCUUUGA